UGGGAGGUGGCCCGGCGCAUGGUCUUUAUCCGGACUUCUCUCCUCCGUUCUCUACAAGUACACAACCCCCGGCGGGAAGGAGGGAGAUGUCAUGAUGGGGUCAAAUCCUUCUUCGGUCUGCUUGCGUGGGAUGGGUGCGCAAGGGCCUCUGCCCCUCACCCUCCUCUUUGGAGAGAAUUAUAUAACACUGCGGAUGUUUCUAUGUCCGUCCAUGUUAACAGAAGCCAUUCUUGCAUUAUACCUGACCCCCCAAAGUUUACCCCACGCACUAAAUCACAAUGAAGGAGGCCCAGGGAGCUUGUGCCCCAACUGCACCUGUCCUGAAGGAUACCCCAGAUAAGGUAUCGCAAGAGGUUGAGCGCAUUGCGCAGAUGUUCACCAUCGAUGGAGACUCUCUCCGGCGCAUUACGGAUCACUUCGUUCAGGAGCUUGAGAAAGGCCUCAGCAAUGAAGACAGCGACAUUCCUAUGAACGUGACGUGGGUGAUGAAUCAGCCGACCGGGUACGAGACAGGCUCAUAUCUCACUGUGGAUAUGGGCGGUACGAACCUUCGCGUCUGCAACGUGACCUUGACCGAGGAAAAAGGGAAAUGCGAAUUGACACAGCAUAAAUUCAAACUCCCGAAGCACAUGAGACACUGCACCGCAGACGAGCUCUGGACCUUCAUCGCCGACCGCAUCGAAGACUUCAUUCAAGAGCAACAUCUCACACCACCCGAGUCGGAGAAAGUGCCCCUAGCCUUCACGUUCUCUUACCCCGUCACGCAAGACAAUAUCCGACACGGCGUCCUCCAACGCUGGACAAAGGGGUGGGAUAUCUCAGGUGUUGAGGGACACGAUGUGGUAGCACAGUUGGAGCAGGCUCUAGAGCGAAGGAACAUCCCCGUACGGGUGGUAGCGCUUGUCAACGACACGACCGGAGCACUAAUUGCAUCCGCCUACAAGGACCCCGACGUAAAGAUUGGCAGCAUUUUGGGGACUGGCUGCAACGCCGCGUACAUGGAGAAAAGCGGCAACAUUCCGAAGAUCGCCUCCCAUAACCUUCCCCCUGAUCAGCUCGUCGGCAUCAACACCGAAUACGGCGCCUUUGACAACGGCCACAAAGUCCUCCCGCGAUGCAUGUUCGACCUCGAGAUCGACCGCGCCUCCCCGCGACCGGGACAGCAGACCUACGAAAAGAUGGUCGCAGGCUUGUACACCGGGGAACUUUUCCGACUGAUUCUCGUACACCUGCACGAGACAGUGGGCUUUUUGAGUGGUUGUGAUCUCCAUAACCUCCGUGACAUCCACGCGAUGGAGUCUUCGUGUCUGUCGCGCAUGGAGGAGGAGAAUGCCGUUGCGGAAAGUGAAAUGGCCGAGACGCGCGCCAUGCUCAAGCAGGAGUUCGGGAUCGAGCCCACGCUUCAGGAGCUGAAGACCUGCUGUAUGCUGGCGGAGAUCGUGUGCACGCGGGCGGCCCGGCUCUACGCCUGUGGCAUCGCCGCCAUCUGCAAGAAGGAGGGAGUCACGCGGGGGCGUGUCGGCGUGGACGGGUCGGCGUUCAGCAAGAACUACCAGUUCAAGGAGCGGGCUGCUGCGGCUUUGCGGGAGAUCCUCGAGUGGCCAACGGAGGAGGAGGAUUUGAUCACGUUUGUUCCAGCGGAGGAUGGCUCGGGGAUUGGGGCUGCUUUGAUCGCGGCGCUGACGGUGGAAAGCAACUAGGUUGUACGAUUGAUGACUGUAAACGAUGUCAUUCUAUUUUAUUUUCAGCAGUAUACGUGAGCGUUAUUAGCAUAGCAUGCAGAUUUGUCUAAUCAGAAGGAUUAUUCCAAG